CUCUGUUGUUUGGCAGGAGUUGGCUUAUCCAUGGCCAGGCAACCCAGCUCUGACUGUGGCUCAGGAGGAGCUUGGAAAAAGAGAGAGAGAGGGAGAGAGGAAGAGAGAGAGAGAGAGAGAGAGAGAGAGAGAGAGAAUUAUCCAACAGAAGAGGAGAAAGUAGUUGUGUGAGUGUAUGCGAGAGAGAAAGAGGGAGAGGAAAAGAGAGAGAGAGAAAGAGACAGUGAGAGCGGGGGCAGUCCGCCAGAGAGUGGUAACCCUAGCUCAACCCUCAAGCCUACAGUACCUACGCUUCUACACACUCUCAAACUCACACACACACACACACACAUUCAUACAGCCGCCCGCAUGCACACGCUCACACACACACACUUACACUCAUCCAGGAUGGACUGUGGUCAGACCACAGCAAAGUGAAGAGACUUCCCUCCAGCUUGGGCUCAACCAACCAAAGAUCUGCUAACAGCCACACACACUACUGAGCCAGAAUGGAGGAGGCUGACCUACUGCGGGAGAGACUGCAGGCCAUCACAGAUAAAAGAAGAAUACGAGAGGACAUUGCAAAGAAAAGGAGAGAAAUUGAAGAAGUGAAAUUAAAACUCCAGUAUCUGAAGAAAAAAGCUCUGCGGGAACAAUGGCUGAUGGACGGUUUGAGUGGGCAGAAUGGUGAGGAGGAAGAAGCUAUGAGAGCUCAGGAGGAGCAACACCAGACUGAGCUCCUGCAGAGCGAUAUCGACAGAAUAGAGAGCGAGAUCAGCGCUCUGGAGACCCAGGAGAUGAAUAUCUCAGAGAACGAGGAGCUGAUUUUGGAGCGGCUGAGGAAGGUGGAGAAGACUGCAGAGGACAUUAUAAAGGGAGCCUUACGGAAUCCAGAGCUGGAUGGCACAGAAGUGAACGAAGGUUGCUAUCCCUCUCCGAAUCCGACAGAAACAGAGCCUGAGUCCCUCUCCAAGACAGUAACCAUGGAGACGAGUGAGCAAUCCAACACAGCAAACAUAAUUGACUGUGAAAUGGAAGUCCAGGACACCGAGUUACCUGAGCACAAGGACACGAGCGCUGAAGAUGAACCAGCUUGUUACGAUGAUGAUCUAUUAGAAUCUCUGAGUGCACAAGUAGUGGUUGACAUUUUAGCGGAGUUGCCUCCCACAGAGACAAUCGCUGAUGAAUUUGAAGAUGAGCCAUACCCUAAAGAAGCAUUAGUUUUGGAGGACAAUCGUGACGAGCUUAAUCGCAACGAAUCGACUACGUCCUCCGAUACGCCAUCUAGUGCAGAGAGCGUGUACGAGAACGAGUCUCUGAGAAAAAGGCAGGACUCUCAGCUAAAAAAUACUGUGUCAAUAAUACAGAGCACUGAAGAUGAAAGCCUACCAGAGCCACUGAAGGCUGAACCCCACGAGACGUUCCUAGAAGGCUUAGGCUUGGGCGAUGACGUAGAUGAAUCCAUGCUGGAGUCGUACAUUCGGGAGGAAGUUAUGUCAGACGUCUCAACAGAGUCUGUUCACGACCCAGAAGAUUUGGAGGAGUGUGUCCAUGUAGAAAUCGCAGCUGCGUCAUCUGACAGUGAUACUGAUGAGAAGUGGAGAAGUAUAUUUUCUUCUUCUAUCAACAAAGAAGAUGACGACUCCUACCUGGACAGCCUCGAGCUGAGUGCACAAGAACUCUUCAUUCAGAAGCCUGAAGUGAAGAACACUGAAAAUCAUUCCGACAGUAAAGAAGAAGAUGAGCAAGACAUCAUACCUGCAGAAGAUGUUUUGGAGCAACCGGAGAAUGACUCAUUUUACGCACAGCCAGUAAAGGAAAUCUCCUACAACCCUUCAACCCUGUUCCACGGCUUGUCCAAGAUAUCUGAGGACGAGGAAGAGCUCAGCAAAAAUUCAGGAAACAACAAGGACAACCCAUCCAGUUGCAUCAAGUCAGACCCGAGCAAGAAGAUGCCAAAAGAUUACUGUGUGAUUCAAGAGAUGAAGAGUGAAAAUGUCAGUACAGAGCAUGUGGAUUUCCGAGUUGCUCGCAAUCAGUGGCUGCAGAUGGAGGAGCAAACAAAGAACCUUGUGCACCAGCCAGUCACGAAGACCGGCACCUGCCAGGGCAGCCACAGCUUUAUGUACACACCAGUGCGCAACAUUGACAGGCCUAAGAGGGAUCAUGACCUCGAGAGUUUGCCACUUGGAAGAGAUUUCUCUCAUAACCAGUUCAGCCCAUGCUCAGAGGAUUCCGGCCUGGAUGAUUCUAGUUACCGCUCCCCGUACGAUGACCCAGAGACCCCAAUCGAGAAGGAGAUCCGCUCCGUCAUGGAGCGAGAGGAAAACGUAAGGCGUGAAAAGGGAAUGUCUAAGUCGUACUCCAGCGAUUGCGUACAGGGUAAAGGUAGACCAGUAAUCCUGAACCCGAGAAAUUUAUGCCAAGAAGUGGACGAGAAAAGAAAGAUGUUUGAUCAUCAGGAAGACAACUGCAGAUUAUCUUCCAGCAGCAAGAUGCCAUCUUUUAUCAUUACCUCAUCCCCAACCAGAGGAUCACUGAAGCAAGAAAUGGGAGCCAACAACGUUAUCAUACUUGAGCCCGAAUCUAGCCAUCAAAGUCCAUGCCACGGUGCGAAGCUGGUGUCAUCUAAAUCUGCUGACUGGAGAUCAGAGGAUCCCCCCAAUGUCAUCAUACUGGAAACAUCAAACCUGAUCAUUCGAAGUGCGUCUGAGUUUAACUUGAACUCUGCUGUUGAGACCCAAGAAAAAACGUUCCUCAACAAUCCGUUUUUCAAGCUGCGAUCCAGGAGCACUCAGUCCCUGGUUGAUGAAGAGAUUAAGAUGGUAAAGCAGAGAGAGGAAGAACUGAAAAAGCAAAGAGCCAACCUUUAUACUAAAGACAAGUUUCUGGCAUCCCCUGGUCUCCUGGACAGCUCAUAUGAUAAACAAGAUGACGUCCCAAUAAAGUGUAAAUCAUCUCCCUCAUCCCCUAUGAAGACUUACAAGAUGGACCGGUCAGCCCUAUCAUGUGACCACAGAUUUCCGGAAUCGUAUUCUGGAGGCCGCCGCAAAAGUGCCAUGGCUCUGCGGUGGGAGGCAGGAGAGUUUGCAAAUAAUGACUAGAAAGCAACCAAUAUAAUAUCAAUGGCCAGGUUUCUUUGUUUCAUGUAAAAGGCUUUAGCUGUGUAAUGUUGAUUUCACGCAAAGUCUGCCAUGGCACACGCCGUUGCUGCUUGUGUGGUCUCUCUGGCUCUUCAUUCAUGUUCUGCAAAAAUAUCUGAGUGCUUGCCAAGACGCCUGAAUGUUAGUUGUUUAAUCUACGCUUAUUUCUCACCAGAAAUACAAUGUAAGAGUAAAGCAUAUUUUGUUGUAAUGUCCUAGUACAAUGCAGAGGAAUAUUUAAUGUAUUUUCAUAUUGUAUUUUAUUGUAUGUUUGUAUAACCCUGCUUUACACUGAAAGCAGAAUAGCAUAAAAUGAGACAUGUUAAACUUUAAAAAUUAUUUUUUUCUUUCCGAUAUCAUUGCACUGAAAACCAACUCGACAUAGACCAUUUUAAACGUGUUGGUUUCUCUUUUCUUUUAGACGUAAAUUUAUUUUAAAUUGUUAGUAUUUGACUUUAGAGGCAAUUGAAUCAUAUAUUAUUGUCCUUUGCUGACAUGACCUUUAUCCUUUAAUAUUCCCAUAUUAUACAUCCUAAAAUGAGGAUGAGCAACUUUAAUAUUUAAGUGAUAUUAACUGCAUUACUGUGUUAAUGGAGAAGUAUUAUAAUUACAUUGCUUUGUAAUGUGUCCAGAUAUGUUUGUAUGCUUACGUGAAUCCAUUUUGGUUAUAAGGACCAUGAGUAUUGCUUGCUUAUAUUCCAUGUAAGCCAUACACUUUUGCAUUGCUUUCUACUGAAAAUAAAUAAGUAAAUAAAUAAACAAAUAAAUAAAUACAUUUUAAAAAGGA